CUUCUUCUAAAUAAUCUUAAGCCUGGAGUGACACCACGUAAUUACGUAAAUGAAUGCAGCUCAGCUGUGUUGGAAUAUAAGCGAUGUCAACUCUACGUCUCGCUCAGUCACCAUCAUUCUGAUUGCCUGGCAGGAUGUACAUCGUCUUUCUCAUUCCUUGGCAAAUAUUUCAACUGCAUAAUGUAUUCUCACAAAUCAGGUGCACAGAAGCGGAAAGAAAAACAGGCUAGGGAAGAGGCUGUUUCAAAGUGUGCAAGAACAUUAUUUGAAGUGGGUGUUAAGAAAAUAGACACAAUAGACACUAAUGUAGAAGAACAGAAUAUCUUGCCCUCAUCCUCAGAGUCAGACCCCUCAACUUCACAGUCAUUAGUCCAGGAUGCCCAACAGGAAGCCGAAUCCGAUGUAAUAAAUGCAGAACCCAAAGACACUGAACAACAAAGAGAUAUAGGUUUGAUCCCUAAUAGGCCAUCUCGAGUGCAGAUUGAAGAUUUUGUUAGACAGGGCCCUCAGCCAAUACCAAGUCAAAUUGCUUCAGAUGAUAAGGGUAACAGUUUCCCUUAUACAGUUUUGAAAGUUCAGAGACCAAAUGGUGAAACUGGAAAACGAGAUUGGCUAGUGUAUAGUCAGCGUAAAAGAGCACUUUUUUUGUUUUCCUUGUCGACUUGUUAUCUAGACUGGCGUCAGUUAGAAGCACGUUUGAAAGAGGAAUCUGGAAUUGAUGAUCAGUUACAGAGAUCAAUUCAGUCUGAGAAAAGUAAAUGGAAGCUAAUUCUAAAACGAAUCUUGGAUGUUGUACUGACUUUAGGAGAGCGAGGCCUUUCAUUUCAAGGAGAGUCUAGCAUGAUAGGUGAUACAAAUAACGGAAAUUUUCUUGGUAUAAUUGAGCUGCUUUCUCGUUAUGAUGCCAUUCUUCAAGAUCAUGUAGUAUCUAAAAUUGCAGAGGUCAGGGAUAUCGACAAUGGUAGUAAUAUGUCAGAUCAGAGAAAUCAGGUGAUUCAAGCUCAGUCUUCUACUGUAGAUAUUGAAGUAAAAAACAUAGAGGACUUGGAAACUGAAUUGCAGUCUCUCAAAAAGUGGCAUUUAAUUUAUGAUGAAGCCAAAGUUGUUGCAGUUGCCAUGAACAUUGACCCAGUAUUUAGAGUCACUCGGAAAGGAAAAAGAAAAUCCUUUUUUGAUACUCCGACUCUGAUGAUGAUAAGCCUUGAGAAUUUUCUUGACGUGCCAGUCACAGUUGCCUCUGCAGAAAGAUCCUUUAGCGAAUUAAAGUUGAUUAAGAAUCACUUAAGAAGCACAAUGGGACAAGAGAGAUUAUCAUCACUAAGUCUUUUAAGCAUUGAAAGUGAUUUGGCACGAAAGAUUGAUUUUGAUGAUUUAAUUGAGUGUUUUGCUGCUAGAAAAGCAAGGAAAGGAGUAUUUCUUUAA